UAUUUUUACGAAAAGAAUAGUAAUUAGUGGCUGUGUAGCUGAUUGGUGUGGCAUAUAAAAAUAGCCGCUCAUCUUACGUAUUGUCAGUAACCGAAAUAAGGUUCGUUCAUCACAACCGAUUCGGCAAAUAGAGUAGUGCAAAGAUGAGACCACUUUACUUUCUACUGCUAGUAUUUGCUGUGGGUCCACAAACACUUAAGGCAUGUACUGAUGGUACCAGGCCCGAUUGUUCAUCCUAUAGGACUGGGGAUCUUCUGCCGGACGAACAUAGCUGCUAUCGUUACUACAUCUGCAGACGUGGCAGAGCUAUAUCGCGCAGAUGUCGCAGGGGAUUGCAGUUUGAUUCUGAGACGAAAGUUUGUACAUUCCCUGAACUUGCUAAGUGUUAUGUAAAUCGGGAAAAUCAUGCUGAAGAUGAUGGGGAAAGAGAGUAUCCAUUUUAUUUUCCGGAACCAUUUGGAGAAACAUCAUGUACAACGACACCACCGCCGUGCGUUACAACACCACCGUGUGAUACAACACCAGCACCAUGUAUAACAACACCAACACCAUGUAUAACAACACCAACACCAUGUAUAACAACACCAACACCAUGUAUAACAACACCAACACCAUGUAUAACAACACCAACACCAUGUAUAACAACACCAACACCGUGCGUUACAACACCACCAUGUGACACACCAACGCCAACGCCGUGUGCUACGCCAGAACCAACACCCUGUGCAACACCAGAGCCAACUAUAAUAACAACAACAAAAACAACAACUACCAAGGCAACAACCACAAAGACAACCACCACUAAAAGCACCACUACCAAGACGACAACCACAAAGACUACAACAACUACGUGUGAACCAGAAACAACUACGGCACCCUGCAUAACACCAGCGCCAACACCGUCAUGUGAUACACCAACACCAACACCCUGCACGUGUAAGCCCACAACACCUACACCAUGUGAGACGACAUCAACAACGACAACCUGCACAACUCCAACAACCACAAAGUCAACCACCACCAAAACCACCACUACAAAGACGACAACCACAAAGACUACAACAACUACGUGUGAACCAGAAACAACCACGGCACCCUGCAUAACACCAGCGCCAACACCGUCAUGUGAUACACCAACACCAACACCCUGUACAUGCAAGCCCACAACACCUACACCGUGUGAAACCACACCCACUACAACAGCCUGCACAACUCCAACAACCACAAAGUCAACCACCACCAAAACCACCACUACAAAGACGACAACCACAAAGACUACAACAACUACGUGUGAACUAGAAACAACUACGGCACCUUGCAUAACACCAGCGCCAACACCGUCAUGUGAUACACCAACACCAACACCCUGCACGUGCAAGCCCACAACACCCACACCAUGUGAAACGACAUCAACAACGACAACCUGCACAACUCCAACAACCACAAAGUCAACCACCACCAAAACCACCACUACAAAGACGACAACCACAAAGACUACAACAACUACGUGUGAACCAGAAACAACUACGGCACCAUGCAUAACACCAGCGCCAACACCCUGCACGUGUAAGCCUACAACGCCAACACCGUGCAUAACAACACCAACGCCGUGUAUAACAACACCAACGCCGUGCAUAACAACACCAACGCCGUGUAUAACAACACCAACACCGUGCAUAACAACACCAACACCGUGCAUAACAACACCAACGCCGUGUAUAACAACACCAACGCCGUGCAUAACAACACCAGCACCAUGUACAACAACACCACCGCCUUGUGAAACCACACCAGAACCGUGUGUAACGACGCCAUGUGCAACAGCAGAAAUUUUGUGGCUAUAUGAUGAUGACUACGACGAAGACAGUGAUGAGAGUGAUGCAUCCAAUGUACGAGUUCACACUUCCAACAGCGAUUGCGUCAACUUGAGCGAUGGUACCUAUCUCGUAGACCGCAGAUUUUGCCACCGCUUCUACGUGUGCCUCAACGGGCGUGUACAGAGAUUGAAUUGUCCGCUCGGCUUUUGGUUCGAUAGAGACUUGAAGAGUUGCCGUCCUCGCCGCGAGGUGACAAACUGCCGAUAAACCCCAUCGUAAAACAGACCCGGCACAGAACCAAAUACUCUCUAAACACAAUCCUUAUUAAAUAUUGCGCGCGCAUAAAAUAAUCUAUUCUAAAAUUGUUAUCCGCAGCAGCAGCUGCAAAAUGUGUAUACUAUAAAAAGAGCAUUCCAAAAAUCCAA